GUAACGGAAGUACAACUGAUCCUGCCUACGGCUGUGGAAGAGAAGCGUGGGGCUGUUGGCGUAGUGCUCUGCGCGUGCGAUUGCUUCGAACCGAUCUGUGAGCUUUGGGAGACCCAAACAUGGCAAACCUGGAAGAAAGCUUCCCCCGAGGGGGCACAAGAAAAAGCCACAAAGCAGAGAAACCUUCCCAGCAUGCAGUUGAACCAGACAACUUAUUUGAUAUUUCCACAGAAGAAGAAUCCACUAAAAGGAAGAAGAGCCAGAAAGGGCCUGCAAAAACAAAGAAACUGAAAACAGGAAAGAGAGAAGCCAGCAAAUCUGGGAGAGAGAAAUUUGAAAUCCUCAGCGUUGGGUCCCUAUGUGAGGGAAUGCGGAUUUUGGGUUGUGUAAAAGAGGUGAAUGAGCUGGAACUGGUGAUCAGUCUUCCCAACGGCCUCCAAGGCUUUGUGCAAGUGACUGAAAUCUGUGAUGCCUACACCCAGAAGUUGAAUGAGCAGGUGGCACAGGAAGAACCUCUGGAGGACCUACUCCGCUUGCCUGACCUUUUCUCACCUGGAAUGUUGGUGAGAUGUGUGGUGAGCAGCCUGGACAUCACAGAGACCGGCAAGAAGAGUGUCAAGCUUUCUGUGAACCCCAAACAUGUCAACAAAGUGCUGAGUGCUGAGGCCCUGAGGCCUGGGAUGCUGCUGACGGGCACAGUGUCAAGCCUGGAAGACCAUGGCUACCUAGUGGACAUUGGUGUUGGUGGGACCAGAGCUUUUCUGUCACUGCAGAAAGCCCAAGAAUACAUCCGACAGAAGAACAAAGGUGCUAAGCUCAAAAUCGGCCAGUAUCUGACCUGUCUGGUUGAAGAGGUGAAAAGCAAUGGAGGAGUCGUGGGUCUCUCUAUAGAGCACUCGGAGAUUUCUUCUGCCGUUGCGACUGAGGAGCAAAGCUGGAGCCUGAAUAACUUGCUGCCAGGGCUGGUGGUCAAAGCCCAGGUGCAGAAGGUAACUCAGUUUGGACUCCAGCUAAACUUCCUUACAUUCUUCACGGGCCUGGUUGACUUCAUGCAUCUGGAGCCCAAGAAAAUUGGAGCAUAUUCUUCAAAGCAAACAGUAAAAGCCUGCAUCCUCUGCAUCCACCCUCGGACUAGAGUUGUACGAUUGAGCCUGCGUCCCAUCUUCCUGCAGCCUGGGCGUCCACUCACCCGGAUCUCUUACCAGCAGCUAGGGGCUGUGCUGGAUAAUGUUCCUCUUCAGGGUUUUUUUGAGAAGGCUGGGGCUACCUUCAGGCUGAAGGAUGGGGUCCUGGCCUAUGCCCGGCUCAGCCAUCUCUCUGAUUCUAAGAAAACCUUCAAUGCUGAGGCCUUCAAACCAGGGAGCACUCACAAGUGUAGGAUUAUUGACUACAGCCAAAUGGAUGAGCUGGCCUUGCUCUCUCUGCGGAAAUCUGUUAUUGCAGCUCCGUUUCUUAGAUAUCAUGACAUCAAAACAGGAACAGUGAUAAAGGGUACCGUGCUGGCUAUAAAGCCAUUUGGGAUACUGGUGAAGGUGGGUGAGCAAAUGCGAGGCCUGGUCCCUUCCAUGCACCUGGCUGACAUUGUGAUGAGGAAUCCAGAGAAGAAGUACCACCUUGGGGAUGAGGUCAAGUGCCGGGUUUUGCUCUGUGACCCUGAAGCCAAGAAGCUGUUAAUGACCCUGAAGAAAACACUUAUUACAUCCAAACUCCCUGCCAUUACGUGCUAUGAGGAUGCCAAGCCUGGCCUGCAGACGCAUGGUGUUAUCAUGAGGGUCAAGGCCUAUGGCUGCAUUGUAAAGUUCUACAACAGUGUGCAGGGGCUGGUGCCCAAGCAUGAGCUCAGUGACCAGCAUAUCGCUGACCCUGAGAAGGUCUUCUAUCCUGGCCAGGUGGUAAAGGUGGCAGUGUUGAACUGUGAGCCUUCCAAGGAGAGGAUGCUCCUGUCCUUCAAACUGUUGAGUGAUUCAGAGCCAGAGAAUGAGAGUGUCGAAACCAGUCAGAAGAAAGGAAGAGCCGUUGACGUUGGGCAGUUGGUGGAUGUAAAGGUUUUGGAGAAGACCAAAGAUGGACUGGAGGUGGCCAUCCUUCCCCACAACAUCCCUGCUUUCCUCCCCACCCCUCACCUGUCAGACCAUGUUGCCAACGGCCCACUGUUGCAUCACUGGCUCCAGGCAGGUGACACCCUUCACCGAGUGCUGUGUCUGAGCCAGGGUGAGAAACCUAUUCUUCUUUGCAGGAAGCCAGCUUUGGUCUCCACAGUAGAAGGUGGCCAGGACCCCAAGAGCCUCUCAGAAGUUCAGCCUGGAAUGCUGCUCAUGGGCUUUGUGAAGAGCAUCAAGGACUACGGUGUGUUCGUGCAGUUCCCUUCGGGUCUUAAUGGACUGGCCCCUAAAGCUAUCAUGAGUGACAAGUUUGUAACCACUCCAAGUGACCACUUCGUGGUGGGUCAGACGGUCGUUGCUAAGGUGACCAAUGUGGACGAGGAGAAGCAAAGGAUGCUGCUGUCUCUGCGGCUGUCAGACUGCAGUCUGGGGGAUUCGGCCAGCACCAGCUUCCUCCUCCUGUGCCAGUGCCUGGAAGAGCUGCAGGGUGUUCGCAGCCUCAUGAGCAACCAAGACUCUGUGUUGAUCCAGACACUGGCUGAGAUGACCCCAGGGAUGGUCCUUGAUGUCGUGGUACAAGAGGUGUUGGAAGAUGAUUCAGUGGUGUUCAGUGGGGGUCCUGUGCCUGACCUGAUCUUGAAAGCCAGCAGAUACCAUCAGGCAGGGCAGAAGGUGGAGUCUGGGCAGAAGAGGAGGGUUGUAGUCCUGCAUGUGGACAUGCUGAAGUUGGAGGUCCAUGUUUCCCUUCACCAGGAUUUGGUGAAUAGGAAAGCUAGAAAGCUGAGGAAAAGCAGUAGACACCAAGGCAUUGUACAGCACCUGGAGGAGACCUUUGGCGUGGCCUCCUUGAUGGAGACUGGCCACCUUGUAGCUUUCUCCCUGACUUCUCACCUCAACGACACUUUCCACUUUGACUCUGAGAAGCUGCAAGUGGGACAGGGUGUCUGCCUUACCCUCAAGACCACGGAACCUGGAGUGACCGGUCUGAUUUUGGCUGUGGAAGGGCCAGCUUCUAAGAGGACCAGGAGACCAGCUCGGAGGGAUUCAGAGAUGGUUGAUGACAAAGAGGAGGAAGAGGACACAGAUUUGAUUGUGAGGACUAAAAGGAAGCAUGGCCUGGCUAUUGGGGACAAAGUCACUGGGACCGUUAAGUCUGUGAAGGCCACGCAUGUCGUCGUGAUGCUAGAAGAUGGCGUCAUUGGCUGUAUCCACGCCUCCCGCAUUCUAGACGAUGUUCCAGUGGGCAUGUCUCCUACAACCACACUAAAAGUUGGAGAGAAAGUCACUGCACGAGUGAUCGGUGGGCGAGAUGUGAAGACCUCCAGGUUUCUCCCAGUAAGUCACCCCAGAUUUGUUCUGACCAUCCUGGAGCUGAGCGUUCGGCCAAGUGAGUUGAAGAAGGAUAGCUACAGUGUGCUUAAUACUCACUCUGUGAACCCCGUGGAGAAGACUGAGCAGUACCAGGCCGGCCAGACCGUGACUUGCUUCUUCAAGAAGUACAAUGCGAUUAAGAAGUGGCUGGAAGUGGAGGUUGCACCAGACAUCCGAGGGAGAAUUCCUUUGUUGCUCACCUCCCUCAGCUUCAAGGUUCUGAAACACCCAGACAAGAAGUUCCAUAUUGGACAGGCCCUGAGGGCCACUGUGGUCAACUCAAAUGUCCCCAAGGCUUUCUUGUGCCUGUCACUCAUAGGUCCUUACAGACUUGAACAAGGGGAAAUAGUCAUGGGCCGAGUGUUAAGUGUGGUACCCAACAAGGGACUGACCGUCUCCUUCCCCUUGGGGAAGAUAGGGAAAGUCAGUUUAUUUCAUGUGAGUGACUCCUACUCCGAGGCACUCCUGGAGGACUUCUUUCCCCAGAAGAUUGUCAGAUGUUAUGUCCUGUCCACAGAAGACCGUGUGUUGGCUUUGUCGUUAAGAUCGUCCAGGACAAACAGAGAGACAAAAAGUAAAAUCCAAGAUCCAGAGAUUAACUCCAUCCAGGACAUCAAGGAAGGGCAGCUGCUGAGGGGCUAUGUGAAAUCUGUCCUGUCCGACAGUGUGCUUGUAAGCCUUGGGCCUUCAGUUGUGGGUUUGGCCCGGUACUCACAUGUGUCUCCAUGUAGCCCACCCAAGAAAGACCUUUAUGACCGUUACCUCCCCAAGGGAAAGCUGAUCACUGCCAAGAUCCUGCGUGUGAACCCCGAGAAGAGCUGGGUAGAGCUGUCACUCCUUCCCAGCGACACUGGGGAGCCGGACGUGUUUUCUGCCUGCCCAGAACCACCUCUUCUGAACCCAGAGGAGAGGAAAGAAGGGGCUGAGGAGAGGGACCUAAAAGGAGAAGAGAAAAAGAGCCAGAAAAGGAAGGAGAAGAACCAGCAGGGGCAGGAGGAGGCGGGGUUGUCCAGCCAGGGGAAGAUAGAGCCCCAGAAGUUGCAGAGGAGCAGGCGGGGCAAGCGGGAGCGCCAGGAGCCUGCAAGUGAGCAGGAAAGAGUGAACAAGAGGCCGAAGAAGUCUGGGGCAGCAGAAGAGGACGACAGUGGCGUGGAAGUAUAUUACCGGGAGGGAGAGGAGACGGAGCAGCCGGGGCCGCUGCCCAUGGGACAGCAGACAAAGCCCGCGGAGGUGCCCCGGCUGCAGCUCUCUUCAGGCUUCACUUGGGACGUGGGGCUCGACUCUCUGACUCCAGCCUUGCCACUCCGAGGAGAGAGCUCAGACAGCGAGGAGGAAGAGGAGCCACGCCAUGCCAAGAAGAAGAAGGGCAAGAAGGAGAGGGAGGUGGAGAAGCAGAAGGCGGAGAAGGAGCUGUCGCGUAUCGAGGAGGCUCUCAUGGACCCCGGGCGGCAGCCUGAGUCUGCGGAUGACUUUGACCGCCUGGUGCUGAGCUCUCCCAACAGCUCCAUCCUGUGGCUGCAGUACAUGGCUUUCCACCUGCAGGCCACCGAGAUUGAGAAGGCCCGAGCUGUAGCCGAGAGGGCCCUGAAGACCAUCUCCUUCAGAGAGGAACAGGAAAAGCUGAACGUGUGGGUGGCACUGCUGAACCUAGAAAACAUGUACGGCUCUCAGGAGUCCCUGACGAAGGUCUUUGAGCGCGCUGUGCAGUACAGUGAGCCUCUCAAGGUUUUCCUGCACCUGGCUGACAUCUACACCAAGUCAGAGAAGUUCAAGGAAGCUGGUGAGCUGUACAACCGGAUGCUGAAGCGUUUCCGGCAGGAGAAGGCUGUCUGGCUCAAAUAUGGUGCUUUUGUUUUGGGGAGGAGUCAGGCUGGGGCCAGUCACCGUGUGCUGCAGCGAGCCCUGGAGUGCCUGCCCACCAAGGAGCAUGUGGACGUGCUUGCCAAGUUUGCCCAGCUAGAGUUCCAGCUCGGGGAUGCAGAGCGGGCAAAAGCCAUUUUUGAAAACACACUGAGCACCUACCCAAAACGCACAGAUGUCUGGUCAGUUUACAUCGACAUGACCAUCAAGCAUGGCAGCCAGAAGGAAGUCAGGGACAUCUUUGAACGAGUCAUUCAUCUGAGCCUGGCCCCUAAGAGGAUGAAGUUCUUCUUCAAGCGCUACCUGGACUACGAGAAGCAGCAUGGCACUGAGAAGGACGUGCAGGCUGUCAAGGCGAAGGCCCUGGAGUAUGUGGAGGCCAAGAGCUCAGUGCUGGAGGACUAGGAGCCCCAGGCUCCGCUGGACACUAGCAGCAGGCACUGGACGUUUAGGAAGCGGCUGCCUGAGGACAUUAAGUGCUGCUUUUUCUGCAGCGUGCCUGGGACAAUAUUUUUGAGACAGGAUCUUCACUUUCUGGUCCUGGCUGGCCUGGA